AUGGUCAGAGUUAACGUUCUUGCUGAUGCUCUUAAAUCAAUUACCAACGCUGAAAAACAAGGUAAAAGACAAGUUAUGAUUAGACCAGCUUCAAAAGUCAUUUGUGAAUUUUUGAACGUUAUGAUGAAACACCAAUAUAUUACUGACUAUACCGUUGUUGAUACUCAUAGAAGUGGAAAAAUUGUUGUUAACUUAAAUGGUAGACUUAACAAAUGUGCUGUUAUUUCACCAAGAUUCAAUGUUACUCUUAGUGAAUUUGAUAAAUGGGAAGCUAACUUACUUCCAUCAAGACAUUUUGGAGCACUUGUUUUGACUACAUCAUAUGGUAUUCUUGAUAAUACUGAAGCUAGAGCUAAACAUACUGGAGGAAGAAUUCUUGGAUUCUUCUAUUAA